UGCCGGGGGCGUGUCUGGGGCGGGGCUUCCUGGACUCGUGCGCUGAUUGGCCGCGGUGGCCGACCGGCCUCCGGCGCUGGUCCAUAGCGGGCGCCGCGGCCUGGGGCUGGGAUGUGACCCGCAGUGGGCUCCCGGCUCCGGGUGGUGACGGCUGUGAGCGGCGGCGACUGCAGCGAGGUCGGCGCAGGCGGGCGGGCGAAACCAGGGCGCCGAGAGCUGCUGCCGACAGGGCCGCGGGAUGAGGAAGCGGACCGAGCCCGUCACCUUGGAGCAUGAGCGCUGCGCCGCCUCAGGCUCGUCCUCCUCCGGCUCGGCCGCCGCGGCGCUGGACGCCGACUGCAGCUUGAAGCAGAACCUGCGUCUGGCGGGCAAGGGGACGGCAGAGCCGCACAGCGCAUCCGACGCGGGCAUGAAGCGGGCGCUGGGCAGGUGAGAUGCGGUGCAGACACGCGCGGGCCCCUCACCUGGAGGGCAGGUAGUCCCAGGCUCCCACCUUCAGAGAUCUGCUGCGGGAGCAUCACACGGUUCCAUCCUCCCGGCGUCCUCUUCGACCCUUCUAAAGACUACCUCCCCUCGUCUGGCCCGCAGGGACCGUCCAACCCCAUUCUUUCCUCCAAACAUCUGCCUCUGGAGCUCUCCUUCAACCCCCAUCUCACCCUCCCACCCCCUCCACGAGCUGCUCACUAACCCACCCAGCACCCUGGCUGGCAUCCUUAUCAGACGAAAGAGCCUGUGGUUCCGACUAAGGAAGAUACUUCUCUGUGUUCUGGGGUUCUACAUUGCCAUUCCAUUUCUUGUCAAACUGUGUCCUGGGAUACAGGCCAAACUGAUAUUCUUAAAUUUCGUGAGGGUUCCCUAUUUCAUUGAUUUAAAAAAACCACAGGAUCAAGGUUUGAAUCACACCUGCAAUUACUACCUCCAGCCAGAGGAUGAUGUGACUAUUGGAGUCUGGCACACAAUCCCCUCUGUCUGGUGGAAGAAUGCCCAAGGGAAGGACCAGAUGUGGUAUGAGGAUGCUCUGGCUUCUAACCAUGCCAUCAUACUAUACCUGCAUGGGAAUGCAGGCACCAGAGGAGGUGACCACCGUGUGGAGCUGUACAAGGUGCUGAGUUCCCUUGGCUACCACGUGGUCACCUUUGACUACAGAGGUUGGGGUGACUCAGUAGGAACACCAUCGGAGCGAGGCAUGACGUAUGACGCACUCCAUGUUUUUGACUGGAUCAAAGCAAGAAGUGGUGAUAAUCCUGUGUAUAUUUGGGGCCAUUCACUGGGCACCGGAGUGGCAACAAAUCUGGUACGGCGCCUCUGUGAGCGAGAGACGCCACCAGAUGCCCUUAUAUUGGAGUCUCCAUUCACAAAUAUUCGUGAAGAAGCAAAGAGUCAUCCAUUUUCAGUGAUAUACCGAUACUUCCCUGGCUUUGACUGGUUCUUCCUCGACCCCAUUACAAGCAGUGGAAUUAAAUUUGCAAAUGACGAAAAUAUGAAGCACAUCUCCUGUCCUCUGCUCAUCUUGCAUGCCGAGGAUGAUCCAGUUGUGCCCUUUCAUCUCGGUAGAAAGCUAUACAACAUUGCUGCACCAUCUCGGAGUUUCCGAGACUUCAAAGUCCAGUUUAUCCCCUUUCACUCAGACCUUGGCUACAGACAUAAAUACAUCUACAAGAGCCCAGAGCUUCCAAGGAUACUGAGGGAAUUCCUAGGGAAGUCGGAACCGGAACGCCAGCACUGAGACUGGCCCAUGAAGGAGCAUGAAGACCCACCUUCCUUCCUUCUCCCCUGGACAGCAGCCUGGCACCCCGAAGCCCAGAGUGCCACCACCUGUGGUGCUCAGGAGCCCAGUGCACACCUAGAAAGAGGACUCAGACACAGCGGGCAGAGGCUCCUGAUGGACCUGUGAGGAAAGCCCGGUGGCAGGCAGGUGGCCCCCCCAGCCCUCUGGUGACCACUGUAUCUGAGCUCUUUUUGGGAAGGCUUAUAGACAGCAGGUGGACCCCAUAUGCUGGGCAUAGGGAGCCUGGGAAGGGCUCAGGAGCUCAGGACCACUCCAGGCUCUCUGGCACCAUUGCUUAAGAUUCAGGAAAAUGGUUCUUUCUGCCCUUCCUAGCGUUUACAGAACAGACUCCAAGUGGUUCAGUUUGUCUCCUACAGCUCAUUUACCUGCUUGCCUUCCUCAGCUGUCCCUGCCUCUCCUGGCAUCUGAUUACCCACAGUAAGGGGCACCUGGAUCUGCACUUCUUCCAUUCUGCCCACCUGUCUGUCACCUAACCUGGCCGUAGACUGAGCAUUUAUUUAAGAAUAAAAUCUCGGUGGUGGUCUAUUUAUUGUUUUCUCUACAAA